UCGUCGACAGUUUACUUCGGGAUUUCGAACCGGUCGAUUCGUCCACGAUUCCGUACGUUUCUCCGCGAACGAGGUGAAGUAACAGAACACCAGCUCGAUUCUUGAUAUGGGGGUACACGCCAGAAUCAUCAAUGAAAGUCUCAAACUCGCGUCGUCGACGAAAGGAGAAGUGUCGUGGUCAACGACAGAGGAGCCUUUUACUCCCGAAGAAGAGGACGCGAUAGUGACAUUGGUAGUAAUCGUUAUCGGUAUAAUCGUAGCUAUAGUGGUAUUAUUUUCCAUGGGUAUUUUCAUCGACUGCAAACACCAAAACAAAAACAUUUUGAAGAAGAAGAAGCUGAAAUUGAAAAUGCCACCGUUGUCGCGAACGAGAAAGGGUCAAAAGGAGGACGCUAAGUCUUUGGCAUCGGAUAUGUGCCCAAACGGUGCUAGCGACUCUGGCUUUCGAACGCGAGAUGCCAUAGUUUGACGUCUUUUACGAUACGUCGAUUUUCAACACGAACGGGAGUGAUUUCUAUCGAACUUGUUCGUUAAAUCGGAAUAACCAUAGACGAACAGAUAUACAUAUAUA